AUGCAAGGCCUCUCAGCAUCUUCCAAGCUGUCCCUGGCCGUCUUGGUCGUGGUGUUCCUGCUCAGCUUGGCGAGCGCAGCCAGCGCCGCCCGUAGCCGCAGGAGGCUCGUCUCCGACGCCGAGGACGAGCCGUGCAACAAAAUGACGCUCUACUACCACGACAUCCUCUACAACGGCGUCAACAACACAGCCAACGCGACGUCAGCUGCGUCGACCAAGCCCACGGCGCUCAGCACGACCCACUGGAAGAACGGCACCUACUUCGGCACGCUGGUCACGUUCGACGACCCAAUGACGGUGGGGAAGGCUCUUCCCGCAUCUGGGGAGGAGCCCGUGGCGCGUGCGCAGGGGUUCUACCUCUAUGACAAGCAAGAGUCGUACAACUCGUGGUUUGGCUUUUCCAUCGUCUUCAACUCCACGGCGCACAAGGGCACAAUCAACCUCCUGGGCGCCGACCUCAUGGACCAGAAAACACGGGACCUCUCUGUCGUUGGCGGUACCGGCGACUUCUUCAUGACCCGUGGCAUCGCCACGCUCCAGCUCGAUGCCUACGAGGGCACCGUCUACUUCCGCCUGAAGAUGGACAUCAAACUCUACGAGUGCUAUGUUUGA